AUGACUUCGCCUUCUAAUGUGAGAACUCCGCCAGCUCAUGGUCGCGGGUUGAGUCAGUCCGGACCCAGGCCGCGGGUGGUCUCUUCAAACCAUGCGAACAAUUCCGGCCAUUCGCGGCAUGAACGCGUUGUGUCUAGGGGAAAUAUGCCAAUUGGAGGAGAUGCGCCUACAGGCCUGAAAUCGUCGACGAGGGAAAGGGACUAUAAUGCGCCAAGUGAGCUGCGGACGGAGAGAUCGCGGACCGCGACUCGCGACAAGGUGCAGGUCAGGACGAAAAGGCCCGUCCGGGAACCCGUGAGUACGGGAGGGAAAGGAGACUGGGAGAGACAUAGGGCAAAAGCAAGCACGGGUAGCCCUAAGGCCAAGGAGAAAGAACCAGUUGAAGCUCCAUGGACCCCCAAGGUAUCUCUCAUUCCUCACUCGGCGGCACCUCUUUCAUGCCGUGUUUCCGUACCACCAUUGACGUCCUCGGCUCCUCAAAGAUUGCGAUCGAAACCUUUGAAAGAGCUUUCUAUGGAUGCUCAAGAGGCUGCCAUUCUCCAGGAUCUUCUUUUUGUUUUCAUGGGUUAUGAGGGUGAAUAUAUCCAUUUUGCAAAUACAUUCAACCCCGACUUAGAGUCAGAUCGAUUAGUCGGCCCAUCAUACCAGAUAAUGCCCGGAUUGGACCCAAGUCUCCGGGACCUAACUAUGGGAAUGUUGAAAACGGCAACCCAUUAUAGUGCCAUGGAAGCAUUUGUGGAAGUGCAGAGCAGGGCAGAGUUUGGUGCCGUCAACCAUGCCCUAUGCGCAGCGAUACGCAAAUUGCUCAAAGAUUAUCUCAUACUUAUUGCACAGUUGGAAAGUCAGCUACUCAAUAAUCCGAAUUUUACACUACAUGUGCUCCAUCUUCAUACGAUGCCUACUGCGCAAAGCCUAUCUCAGCUAUAUUCAUUUGGUCAGGAUUUGCUAAAGAGAAACUCGCUUUUAGCACAAGAUCCAGAUGAAUCAAUUGACGAUUUCGAUGAUGUCGAGAAUAUUCUAGAACAGCUACGGGAAGGGGGAGAUCUAGCGCCUGGAGGAAUGUCCAGCAAGAAGUUUUGUAAAGGAGGCAACGUCCUCGGACUUCUGACCCAGAGGCUAGCAACGUUUUCCGGGGACCCAGCGACCAAGGUGUUACUACAAACACUCUUACGGGAAUCUAGCAAGCCAUAUAUGAGGAUGCUUAACGAAUGGCUGCACCACGGCGAAAUUAAAGAUCCGCACGCAGAAUUUUUAAUAAAGGAGCAAAAGGGUAUAAAACGAGACAAACUCGAAGAAGACUAUACUGAUGAAUACUGGGACAAACGCUAUACCAUUCGUGAGACUGAAGUUCCUCCACAGUUGGAAAGCGUUAAAGAUAAAGUGUUGCUGGCGGGCAAGUACCUUAACGUGGUCAGAGAAUGCGGCGGUGUUGAUAUUAGCAAGGAAAUGAAAGAUGUACCACAAAGCUUUGACGACCCAAGAUUCCUCGAUAAUGUAAACGGAGCUUAUACUCACGCCAAUGCCUCGUUACUGAAUCUGCUUUUGACCAAGAACUCACUUACUACCCGAUUUCGCUCCCUCAAACAUUACUUCUUUCUUGAUCGCUCGGAUUUCUUUUCAUAUUUCUUGGAGUUGGGUACUUCUGAACUCAGGAAGCCUGCAAAAUCCGUCAACGAAGGAAAGCUCCAGUCCCUACUUGACAUCGUUUUGCGACAGCCGGGGAGUAUUGCCGCCCAGGACCCUUUCAAGGAAGAUGUUAAAGUUCGCAUGAAUCAAGUUGGUCUUACCAAAUGGCUUAUGCGCGUUGUGAGCGUCUCAGGUAUAGAUCAGGAUAACCCCGAAGCACAUCCUGAGAAGUAUCAAACACCGGCACCGCAGACGACAGACGAUGAUAAAGAUAUUGCCGGAUUUGAUGCCCUCGAGCUUGAUUAUCUUGUCCCAUUUCCUCUUUCUCUUGUUAUCAGCCGCAAAACAGUGCUUCGCUACCAACUUGUUUUUCGACACCUACUCUCCCUUCGCUACUUAGAGUCGUUAUUGGUCAAUUGCUGGCAGGAUCAUAUCAAGGUGGAAAAUCGAGUUGUGGAAAAGGAGAGCCUGGGCAUUACGGGCGAAAAUAUCCUUAUGGAUCGUGUCAAUGGGGACGAUGCUGAGGGGAGUGAGGUGAUGGUAAAUGGAACAAAGCAAGUCAAUCGAACCGUGGACGAGCUGAUGCAGGAUCAUGUCGACUUUUUGGAUACUUGCUUGAAGGAGUCAUCGUCGCUUGCGCGUAAUCUUGCUGCAGCAGAUCCAGACCUAUCGGGGACUAAUGCGAAGCAGGCCUCUGGGCUCGAGUCUUCAAGGUCGUAUGACCCUUCUCGCCUGGCAAAAUUGGAAGAUACCUUGAAGCGUUUAAAUUAUUUUGCCGCCACCGAGAGUGUUGUAUUACUGAAGCUUGCCCAUGCGCUGAGUGCUAUAAUGAAGGAUGAGUGA